UGAGUCAGAGAGGUAAGCCACACCUGUGACUUGUAGCAGCCAGUGUUUAAAAGCAGAGGGGACUUCCACGAGGCAUCAGAUCUGAACACUCCUCUCUGGUCCUUGUUGCGGCUGCUUUAUAUUCAUUACCUUGAACAAACGCCUUGCUUAGUCCAGGACACAAGAGCUCGGUUUUGGUAUCAGCCUUCUCUUCUUCUUGCUCCUACUCCUUCCUCUCUGUGAGAAGCUUCUUCUACAACCAUGCUGAAGCAAAUCCUGUCCGACAUGUAUGUGGACCCAGAGCUGCUGGCAGAACUCAGUGAAGAGCAAAAGCAGAUCUUGUUCUUCAAGAUGAGGCAGGAGCAGAUCCGGAAGUGGAAGGAAAGAGAAGAUGUGGCCACUGUACCAAAACCAGUGCGGAAGGCAGGCCAUGGAAAAUCUGUGCAGUGGAAGCUUGGAACAGACGGUGAUAUCUGGGUGUGGGUGAUGGGAGAGCAUCCACUGGAUAAGCCGUACGACCUGAUCUGCAGUGAAAUUCUUGCCGCAAGAGUGAGACAGCAGUCACUCCAGGAAGCAGAAGCAACAAGGAGAAGUUCAGUGGAAGGGGUGACUGAGCAUCAUGUAUCAUCACAUCCUCAUUUUCCAUCAGACACUGACCUUGGAUCAGAAAUGCAGAGAAACAGUAAAAGCCCCAUAGGUUGGCUGAAGAGUGAAGCAAUCCAAAAUCAAGACCAGUCUUCUGCAAAUAAACCAAGAGGCAUAGAGGACAUGUUGGCAGACUCUGUCAGGCAUUCAAGGAAGUUUGGCAAUUCACAGAGCAAAGAAAAGCUAAUGAAGACAACCAUGAAUGAGACUGGAGCACAAGAAGAGUCAGUUCAUAAACCGGAAAAAGAAGAUCCCAAUUGGUUGGAAACUUUACAACGGUCAAAAGCAGCUGAUGAGAGGCGAAGCUCCCUUGCCAAACAUGCCCGAGAUGACUACAAAAGGCUGUCAUUGCAAGGGAUCCACAAAGGAAAAGCAGCCGAAGUUUCAAAGAUCCUUAAAGCAGCAGAGCAAAAACAGUUGGUUCCCCCUCCUUUGCCACCUAAGCCGAAGAAUCUACCUGCUCCUGUAGUAACCAAUGGAAGACCAGAAAGAAGACGGGGAAUACAGCGAACAGUCUCCAGUUCUACUGAGGAAGGUAUUAUUCGGUGGUUCAAAGAAGAGCAGCUCCCCCUCCAAGCUGGUUUUGAGAAAUCAAUGGAUUACAUAGCACCCUGGUUCCAUGGUAUUUUAACCAUCAAAAAAGCAGAAGAACUGCUAAAUGGUUUGACACCUGGGAGUUUCCUGAUCCGGGUCAGUGAAAAGAUCAAAGGUUAUGUUCUUUCGUAUUUGUCAGAAGAAGGUUGCAAACACUUCCUGAUCGAUGCUUCUGGGGACUCUUAUAGUUUCCUGGGUGUGGAUCAGCUACAGCAUUCAACGUUGGCCGACCUGGUUGACUACCACAAGGAUGAACCUAUCACGUCUUUGGGGAAGGAACUUCUGCGUUAUCCCUGCGGCCAGCGAGGCUUGGAGCCGGAUUACCUUGAUCUUUUUGAAUGAGACCAUGAGGACAGACUUUUCUUGAAUGGACAGGUGCCAACUACUGCCAAAACCCUUCAGUUGCUACAGUUUAAUUGUGAACUUUAAAAUGUCCGUGUGUUAAAGAAGGAAAGUGCAAUUGCUGUUAACAGUUGUGGAUCUAGAAGCAGCAUCAAGACGUGAAGGAACAGGAACCAAAUGUUGAAGAAAACAGGAAAAGAAUAAAGCCACUGUGAACAACACUGGCAGUAUCAAGCUUUCCA